AUGUCUGAAGAAGCAACACCAACACCAAUAACACCCCCCAAGAGGUCUGCCAAGGAGCACCCCCAGGCGCUCAUCUCAAAAUUCUGGCAAAAGUUCCACCACAAGAAUCCCGGCAAGAUCACUUCCAUCUUUCCUCGAGAUCUCUACAAGACAGUAGCCCCGAAUCUCGCACCUCCCUCUAUCGGCGUGCGUAAUGCUGCCCAGAGCUAUGAGAUUGCUCGGUCCAAGUGCCUUGAAAUGGUCAGGAAGGCUGUCGCUCGCUGCGAGAGCACGAAUUCCAAGUUCAUUGACCAGGAGUUCGAGAUCGAGAGUGACCACUACUUGCGGACGCAUCACUGCCUUCGUGGCUUGGUGAGGUCCGAUGACUUUUACUAUGAGCCAGGCUCUGUUCAUCGUGUGUCUUGGAUCUUCGACAAUCCUCAGUUUACCGUAGACGGUUUCUCUGGAUCUGAUAUCAAGCAGGGCUAUCUCGGUAAUUGCUGGUGGGUUGCUGCAAUAGGCAAUAUAGCCCACCGUAAAGACUUGAUGAAGAAGAUCUGUGUGGCUCGUGAUGAGGAAUGUGGCGUCUAUGGCUUUGUAUUUUUCAAAGAUGGGGAGUGGGUCCCUACGAUUAUCGAUGACAACCUGUAUCUGGAGGAAAGAGACUAUGGUAAGGACGAGGAGGUAUAUGACGUUACCGGAAAGAAGGCCAAGCAGUGGAAGAAGAACAAGCAGACAGGGUCCGAGGCUCUCUCAUUCGCAUCGUGCGCUGACGAGAACGAGACAUGGUUGCCUCUGCUCGAGAAAGCCUUUGCAAAGGUUCAUGGCGAUUAUGAAGCUCUUGUCGGCGGUUGCGUUGGAGGCGGUGUUGAAGAUAUGACAGGCGGUGUCUCAAGUAUGGUCCUCACUACCUCCAUCCUACGCAAGGAAAAGCUCUGGCGCGAGCUGCUUCAGGCCGACCAAGACGAUGGCGAGUUCGUAUUUGGCCUUUCCCCUUCGUAUAGUCCAUGGGUCGGAGAUCAGAACGGCAUUGUUCUCGGUCAUGCAUAUUCAAUCAUCCGUGCGGUUGAGGUUACUGACGAGAAGGAAAACAAGAUUAAGCUUGUCAAGAUCAGAAACCCAUGGGGCGAAACGAGCCGCGGUGAAGGAGAAUGGCAUGGCCCCUGGUCCGACGGGUCCAAAGAGUGGACUGGAGAAAUGCUGAAAAAGCUUCGCCAUGAAUUCGGCGAUGAUGGCGUGUGGUGGAUGACGCUUGAUGAUAUGCUCCAAAACUUCCAGCGAAUUUAUCGAACCCGUUUAUUCGACGCAAGGUGGACGGUUGCUCAGCAGUGGACAAGCCUCCCAAUCGCAUGGGUUGCUGGUUAUCACAAAACCAAGUUCGUCAUCACUGUCCAGGAGGAGGGUCUUGCGGUCAUUGUCUUGUCAAAGCUUGACGAACGAUACUUCUCAUCCUUGGCAGGUCCAUACGAAUUCACUAUGAAUUUUAUCAUUCUGCCUUCUGGGUCGGAAGAGCCCAUUGGAGAAGCACAUUGCAGCAAGCUGGAUAGUAACGAUCGAUCUGCCAAUUGCGAGAUAUUCCUCCAGCCCGGGAAGUAUGACGUGAUCCCCAGGGUCAUUGCAGCGAACUCUAAUUUGCCGCCCGUUGAAGAUGUCGUCAAGGAAUACUCCACUGCUGACCCCCUUAAGCUUCAGCAGAAGGGGCUGCUGUACGACAUCGCCCACGCCAAGGUUGGAGUUUUAGACGAGGACGAAGCUUAUGCAAAGAAGAAGCAAGAGGAGAAGGCGAAGGAGAAGGCGAAGAAGAAGAAGGAAAAGGCAGAGGAUGCAGAGAAAAAUCAAAUGAGGCAGGCGAUGGAGCAGAUGACGUCCGCUAUGGCAGCGAUGCAGGUGGAGCUCGAUAAAGAGAAAUCAAAGGAAGAGGAGGACAAAAAGGACAAAGAAAAGACCAAGGAAGGAGAAAAGAAGAGUGGAAAUGCCUUGAAGGAUGAGAAGAAGGGAGGUGACUCGGACUCCAAAGCUACGCCUCCGUCUGGUGAAUCUGCAGCACCUUCGGCACCAGAUAAUAAAGGGGAGAAGAAGGAGGAGAAGAAAGAAGAGGAGAAGGAGGAGAAGGGAGAGAAAGAUAAGAAAGAAGACGACUCAUCCAAUGAGGACGGGGAGCAGAACAAGGCUGAGGAGGAGGAGAGUGAGGCUGAGGACGAGGAUGAGGAAGAGGAAGAUGACAGCGACGACAGCGAUGAUGAGGAUGAUGAUGACAAUGAGGGCAGAUUGCCUUGGAAUGCUGUAUGUGUCGCAGGUCUGCGCGUUUAUUCGGAGGACAAGAACAUCUCAGUCGAGGUUGUGCAAAGCGAAGAAUAA